GGGUUCUAACUCCUAAUUCUAAUCUUUCGAAAACACUAUUGGUUGGUUGGGAUGGUGAUGCAGGUGGGUUAGCAAGCAGAAAUGGCAAAGCGAAUGAUGUAUUGCUGGCUGUCAACCCCAUUAUCAACAGCCAAACAACGCUUCAAUAUCAAAACAGCCCCCUCGUUCUCCAGACCAGUUGUUGCUUCUGCUAGAGCCGAAAGAAGUAUUUCCACUGCCAGUAAGAAAAAGAAGAAAAAAGAGAGAAACAAAUCCGUGGAGGAACUUGUUGUGGUAAAAAAUGAUAAGGAAAAGAGAAGAACUCGCUCAGAGAAAGAAUAUGAGGAGCUCCAUUCUUUCCAUGAGACUGAAAGUCACGUCCCUGUAAUGCUAGGUGAAGUUGUUGAUGUUUUCUCUUCCUUACCUCUCCGCUCUUUCAUCGACUGCACUCUUGGCGCCGCUGGUCAUUCCUCUGCUAUAAUAAAGGGACAUCCUGAAUUAGAAUGUUACAUAGGAAUGGAUGUGGAUCCAGUUGCACAUGCCAAGGCACGUGCUCAUAUUGAUGCUCUCUUGCAAUCAACCCGUUCUAGUUUGAAACCACACUUGCUUUUCAAGAAUUUCAAGUAUAUAAAAUCUGUGGUUGGUGAGAUUGAUGAUGAUUGCAAGCUCUUGAGCUCUGGAGUUGAUGGCAUCUUAAUGGACCUUGGAAUGUCAUCCAUGCAGGUGAACAAUCCUCAAAGAGGGUUCAGUGUACUUGCUAAUGGACCUCUUGAUAUGCGCAUGGAUCCUCGGGCAAGUGUGAAAGCAAAGGACAUAUUAAAUUAUUGGCCAGAUGAUGAAGUGGGCCGAAUUCUGCGCGAGUACGGAGAAGAAAGCAACUGGCGAUGGCUUCAGAAAAAGAUUGUUCAGGCUCGUCAACAAGGUGGUUUGCAUUCUACUGGUGAACUAAGAGAUCUUAUUCAGGGUGCAACUCAUGGAACAAAAGGAGGGAGGCAAGGUUGGAUAAAGACAGCAACACGGGUGUUUCAAGCUCUGAGGAUAGCUGUCAAUGAUGAACUCAAUACCCUGGAUAAGUCUCUUCACGCCUGUUUCGAGUGCCUUGUCCCUGGAGGAAGGCUUGCUGUCAUCUCUUUCCACAGUUUGGAGGACAGAAUUGUAAAACAAACAUUUCUAAAAAUUAUUGAAAGCAACGGAGGAGAUGGAGAUGUGGUUGAAGAAGAGGCUGGUAAAAGGGAUUUAAGAAAGAUGAGAAAUGACAUUGAUGCAAAAGAAACAUGGAUUCGACAGAUGGUACAAGGCCAGAAUGGAACAAUCCUUACCAAGAGACCAAUAACACCAUCUGAAGAGGAGGAAAGACUAAAUCGCAGGUCUAGGAGUGCCAAACUCCGUGUGAUUGAGAAAAUUCGUUGAGAUAUGUAGUACUACAAUUGCUGGCUUGCAGCCCCGUAUCAUUUAGGGAAAAUCCAUGUAUAAUAUAUGAUCUGUGCCUAAUAUUGCUGUGCCUUCAUUAUUCAUUAUUUUUAUAGAUUAGUCGGUUCAUAGCA